GAGAGGAUUAUAAAGGGGUGGAAAACAUACACAGCCAAUGACCGGCCAGAGAAAGUGAGCCUUUAGAGCUGUUAGAUGGUCAGUCUUCACACUCCAAGAAAGGUUCCUAAAAAGCCAAUGAGUGUACAUCAGAUCUGUGGUGGACUCACCACUUUGCCUCAGGAGAAUGACAUAGGAAUCCAUGAAGGAUAACCUUUUUUACAGGACUCUGUGAUGCUUCAGUAAGUGACCGUACUCAAGGGACAGUAGUGAUCUACCAUGAUUUUUUCAAGCAUUUGUGAAUUGGAACACUUUGUGAGGCGACUUUGAUUCAGGAAAACAUGAUUUUUUAAAAAAAAAGAAUUUGUGAUUUGUGAUGCUUUACGAAGUGACCUCAUGCUAAGGGGACAGCAGUGAUUUGGGACAAGGCCCGACUGAAGAGUGCCGCACGUCUGCUUACUUGGAAGAAGCAGCAGAAAAGGAAAGCUGUGUGGGAAAGCAAGCACGCGUCAGCCCAGACAAAAGCGCCCUCCGUUCUUCCACAAUCAAUUAUUUAUGUGUAGGAGUGUUCCAGUGGGCCAGGCGAAAAGGAGUUGGGCUGCGGCUCAAAGCUCGGCCACAGUGCGCCACAGGAAAGAGAGGGAUAAUUGGAAGACAGGGCGAAGAUAGAGAAGAUCAGAGUGCUGCACAAUGAAAGCUCUUCAGAAGAACCAAGGGCGCACCGAUCAGAUUUUGGGUGCUAUGGCAGAUAUGCUGAGCUCACUGGCCAUGCCCAAUCAACAGUGGAACACAGAGGGCAGUGAGGAGCCGGUGGUGGAUGGGGAACAGAAAGCAGCAGGCCAGCCUCGGUGGGAUCCAGAAGCCCUGGAAUGGGAGCAGGCGUCUCAGGACAGCCCUGAGAGAGGGCAAAGAGACAAAGAAGAUUCCUACUCCGCGGCGGGCAGUGAGGGCAGUAUCUCUACAUCUGUAGCCUCUCUGCCCCCCCAGGCAUCCGGCAGCUCUGCCCCGAGUUCACCCGGAUCCCGCCGUUCCGUCAGCACGCUGAAGAAGUGGCUGACCAACCCAGUGCGCAAGCUGAGCGCCGGAGCAGCCGGGGGAAGCAAGGGGGAACGACCGGCACGCAGGCUGGAGGGUAAACCCCCUCCACCCCAAAGCAAGAGCAACCAGGAGCUGGGCAGCACCAGGACAGCAGAGGAGCACCUUACCAUCCUGCCCAUCACAGACAAGGAGCUGGAGUGGAGGGAUGGCCUGCCAGUCUCUGAAGAUGCUUCAAGCAUCCUGCAGUCUCACAGUCACCAGUCUGAUUCCUUACAGGGCUCCACCUCACUGGGCCCUAUACAGCAGAAUACACAAUCUUCUAACCUGCAGCUAGAAGACAGUGGCUCCGUGUUGGUGGACGACACUUCCAGUCAAUCGUCAGCCACUGUAGACAGUGAAGAGGAGAGGAGGAGUGCCUUAGAGAAAAGCAUGUAUGUACUCAAAGAGCUGAUUGAGACAGAGAAACUGUAUGUAGUUGACCUGGGACUCAUCGUGGAGGGCUACAUGGCCACUAUGAAUGCCAAAGGAGUUCCAGAAGACAUGAAGGGAAAAGAUAAAAUAGUGUUUGGCAACAUACACCAAAUCUUCGACUGGCAUAAAGAUUAUUUCCUGGGUGAGCUGGAGAAGUGUGUGGUGGAGCCAGAGAGAUUGGCCCAGCUCUUCAUCAAACACGAGAGACGUCUUCACAUGUAUGUGGUGUACUGCCAGAACAAGCCAAAGUCAGAGCACAUUGUGUCAGAGUACAUCGACACCUAUUUUGAAGAGCUGAAGCAGCAGCUUGGUCACCGGUUGCAGCUGAAUGAUCUCCUCAUCAAGCCUGUGCAGAGAAUCAUGAAGUACCAGCUGCUGCUGAAGGAUUUCCUAAAGUAUUACACCAAGGCUGGGAUGGACACAGAGGAGCUGGAGAAAGCAGUGGAGGUGAUGUGCUUUGUUCCUAAGCGCUGUAAUGACAUGAUGAACGUAGGUCGGCUGCAAGGCUUUGAGGGGAAGAUCACAGCGCAGGGUAAGCUGCUCCAGCAGGACACCUUCACUGUCACCGAGCAGGACAGCGGCUUCCUGUCCCGACCCAAGGAGAGGCGGGUGUUCCUGUUUGAGCAGAUCGUCAUUUUUAGCGAACCUAUAGACCGGAAGAAAGGAUUCUCAUUGCCUGGUUACAUCUUUAAGAACAGCAUCAAGAUGAGCUGUCUGGGCCUGGAGCCAUGCGUAGAUGGUGACCUGGCUCGAUUUGCACUGACCUCUCGCGGGGCUGAUGGCAGCACGGUGCGCUUCGUCCUGCAUUCUUCCUCAGUCGAUAUCAGCAGGUCUUGGGUCAGCGAUGUGAGCCAGAUCCUGGAAACCCAGCGCAACUUCCUCAACGCCCUGCAGUCGCCCAUAGAGUACCAGCGGAGGGAGAGUAAAAGUAACAGCCUGGGCCGCAGUAUGAAGGCCCCUGUGUCUGCAGCCUCCAGCCUAAGGCCUCACUCCUCAGCCUCCAUCGACAGGCAGAGAGUGCCCUGCCUGCAUGCCUACAACUCCUCACUGCCCACCCUCUACCUGCCCAGCCAGGGUCCCGCCAACAUACACACAGAGUUAACACAAGAGCAGCGCAGCAUGCUGGAAUCCAGGCUUGAGUCCCAGACGGUGUCCCCAACUCAUGUGCAGCUGGCCUUCAGGGAAGAGCCCCUCUCCCAGACUCCACUCCUUUGCCAGACAGUGUCCAAUGGUGUCUAUCCCCCCAGUACACAGAGCUCACAGCGUACAGGAGAGGGUGGUCCCAGAGCCCCAGGCCCUUCCUCCAGUCUACAACACCCCAAUAACCUGGCCCAGCUGGAUGAGGACGACCUGUGAACCUUUACGUUUGACUUUGUGUGCCCUUGAAGCCCAUGGCCUGGACGCGCCCACUCCGGCCACCUUCACUAAUGGACUUCACUGAUGUGUUUCAGCCUCAUGCUGUCUAUUCUUCGUUCCCCGUCAGUCUGAAGUGAAUGACUAAGUGAAAAUGACUUUUUCUGCUUUCUUUUUUGUCUUUUUUUUCCAAUGGCAGUGUUUUUUUUCAAGAGAAAUAACCAUUCCUGCACUGGGAGGUCACUGGAGUUGGAAUCAUUUUUUAUGACUGUAUGUAUGGGUCUAUACGAGUGUGGAUGUGUGCAUGGGUGGGGGAAAUCACUUUGAUAUUGUAGACAUGCUGAGUAUUUUCCCUCAACAAUGUGCUUUGCAACAGAGGACUAAUCAAAGACAUUAAGGAGCCUGCAUGCGGCUCAAGCUGGAUUCAACAAGGCCUCUUUACAAAGGCUCUAAUUCAAUUUCCAGCCUUUAUUCAGUGACCUGCUGGCCUACGUGUAUUUUUCUGAAGGAGCCAAUAGAAAAAAAAGACUGACAAUGCAACUGAUUUGUAUAUACCGUACGUCGAGGACAUAUCGGCAUAUUACCUGUGUGCAUGAAGACGCAGUGGCUUAGCUCUUUCUCUCUUCACUGAAGACAGAAGCGUCCAGCGCUGUUUCUGAAUUCUGUUUGACUGUACAGUGCCGUCUGAUCUAAGCAGAAAGGGUGCAGGCACGGCACGCCCCCUAGAGACACUCCGCUGACUGGGGGGGGGGUUACUCACUCCUUGCAUCUGCAGCAGCUGCUGUUGGACAGCCCGCUGACAGUCUUCAGCCUCGGACAAGGACGCUCUGAGUGUGCUCUGGGAAUAACACACUGUUCUACCUGAUAAGGAGAAAAGUGCUGUUGUAAUGACAGAAGACAACACAGUGAGAAGUCUUCAUGUGUGAUGAAGGAACGUGUUUUGGCUCCUGCUGGCCCCUCCCCUCAUGACCUUCCUCGCUGUUCACUCUAUUGAUAAAAGGGGAGGGAUUUCUAUAGCAUAUCAGGAAUAAAGAUUCUGAUGAGGACAGAUAUAAAAAACUUUCCCCUGACUGUAUAUCACUAAGUGCCAAAAAAGCAGUUACCAGUGCCCUUAAGUGCAUGCUUUGAAAACUGAAACAUCCAAGACGAGUUCAAUUUUAGGUGAUUCAUUUGUGGAAUAUAUAUAUAUAUAUAU